GGGCGGGCCUCAAGAUGGGCAGGGCUUCGAUGAUUGGCGGAGGCCGCUGCCUCUCACCCCUCCCGGCCGGAGCGGAAGGGGUGGGCGGAUCCGGAAACGGAGCAGCAGAAAGGCGGAAGUGGAGGCCGCAGCCUGAGACCCAGCUGGGGUGGGGGAGAGAGGAGACCCCCUGAGCCUUGGAAACCCGCCUUCCCUGAGUUCAUCAGCAUCCAUAACCAGUGCAAUCCCCUUGCCCCGAAGUCUGUGCUUUUGACCCUGCUACACUGUAACGGACAUGGCGGGUCGAGGUGGAGCUGCUCGACCGAAUGGACCAGCUGCUGGAAACAAAAUUUGCCAGUUUAAACUUGUCCUCUUGGGGGAGUCUGCAGUGGGGAAAUCCAGCCUUGUCCUGCGGUUUGUCAAGGGCCAGUUUCAUGAGUACCAGGAAAGCACAAUUGGAGCCGCCUUCCUAACGCAGACCGUCUGUCUGGAUGACACGACGGUGAAGUUUGAGAUCUGGGAUACAGCAGGACAAGAGAGAUACCACAGCUUGGCCCCGAUGUAUUACAGAGGAGCCCAGGCAGCUAUUGUCGUCUACGACAUCACCAACCCAGACACGUUUGUACGAGCCAAGAACUGGGUGAAGGAGCUGCAGAGGCAGGCCAGCCCCAACAUUGUAAUUGCAUUAGCAGGCAACAAGGCCGAUCUUGCCAGCAAGAGAGCUGUGGACUUCCAGGAAGCCCAGACAUAUGCAGACGACAACAGCUUGCUGUUCAUGGAGACCUCUGCAAAGACUGCAAUGAAUGUGAAUGAAAUCUUUAUGGCAAUCGCCAAGAAGCUGCCAAAAAAUGAACCCCAAAAUGCUGCUGGCACUCAGGGCAGGAAUCGGGGCGUGGACCUGCAAGAGACCAGCCAGCCCAGCAGGAGCCAGUGCUGCAGCAACUGAGCUGCCGUUCCCACCUGACUGAAGCCCUUCCCAUGACCCGACUGGAAUCCACUCAAACCAAUCGCACUUACGGUAGAGCAGCUGGCAAUUGCAGCUGCCGUGAUUUCUCCAUCUCCUUCUGAUCAUAGGCUGGAGGGAGCUAGUCCACCUGCACCUUUCUGUACAAAUACUAAUUCCAUUUUAAGUCUUAAGUCACUUUUUUAAUAUAUGAACUGCUCUUCCCUCUUCCUGGUGGUGGAUACACGUGCUGGCCUCUUCCCGUCUCUGCUAGGCGAGAGCUCAAGCUGAACAGCUCCCACAAACUUCUCAUUCACUAUUGGAAACAAGGGCCAUUUGUCCCUUAGAUGGGAUCUUGUUUCAGUUAUCCACAUGAACAAGCGAAGGCUAGUUCAGUGCCACAUGCCUAGAACAACCACUAAACAAAAUGAUAGCAUUAUAAUGACAUUCAGCUCUGGUGUUGGAGCUAUGUCUUGACCAAAUCACACUUAUGAGUAUUUUGGGAUGGGGGGGCAGAGGGGAGCAAAACUGGUUUCUUCUGUAUUUUGUAUUGUACGUUUCUUCAACAUGUAACCAAUCAGUAUCUUGUCAAUAUAGUACAUACCAACUAGCCUUCUGUCUUCCUCAUUUUGGUGUUGGACUUUAGCAUGCCAACUCUUUUCUAUCUCUUCAGUUCUGGUGUAAUGCACUAAUAAUCCAUUGCAAUUUUUUUGCAAAAAAAAAAUCUUGUAUAAACAAAACAAAAUUGUCCUUUUUGAUGGUGAUGUGAUGCCACUAAUGUUAAUAACCUUGCUCGAGUGCAAACUGCUCUGGUUUAUUGAUGUACAGAGAUGGGGGUGGGGAAGACUUGGAGUAACUUGUCUGUGGAAACCAUCUAUAUUAAACUUGUAAUUCCACAAAAUAAAACCUGGAGGGAGGUAUUAAAAUUGCUUCUGAUGCUGGAGUCUAACUCAUGUUGGCUGCUGCCUAGUGCCUGAUGCAAUGUCUUAUACAGAUUGGUAUUUAAAGAGGAACUGUCAACUUAGUCUUCAUCACAAACUUAUGUUGUGAUUAAAAAAAAUUUUUAUAAAUCAAA